UAAUCAGUAGCAUGUGGGGAGCUCCGGCUCCGGCGGCUCAGUCCUCCCCGAGCCGACACUGGAGGCAGCAGCAGCGGCGGCGGCGGCGGCCCGGACCCGCAGCGCCGCACUCUCUCAGCGCCGCCCGCCCCGACGGCAUGGCCCGCGGCCCACGCUCCGGGCGCCCGCAACCCCGCUGAGAGCCGCCGCGGCCCCCGACCCGCGCGUGGGGCCCCAAGCAGCCGGGAUGAGCCGCGCCGAGUGGUGAUCGCCGCUCGGGAAUGCGGGUGUGAAGGGCCCGAGCUGCCGCCCAGCGGGGAAGAGACCCCGGGACGCCGGAAAUCACCAUCCCGAAGCUGCGAGAAGGGGGGGGAAGAGAGCAUUCUUUCAGUUUGUGUGCCUUGUGGGGAAUUUUUUUUUAAUCGUUAUUUUUUUUAAAAGAAACAUUUCCGCGCUACUUUCUGUCAUCAUCUCUGGGGAAAUCAGCCAGAACCACCGGAACGUAACUGAAACCAGACGAGAGAGGCAGGAGCCGAGGCAGUACCUGCAGCGUCCGGGCACCAGAGCCACCUUGGAACCGGAACGCGUCUCCGGCGGCCGCGGGGCUGCGGCUCCGCCAAACUUUGGGGCGGGCGGGGCGGGCUGGGGCGCCGAGGGGGCUUCGUAGACCGAGGGCCGCCCCCUAACCAUGAUGUUUCGCGACCAGGUCGGGGUGCUGGCGGGCUGGUUUAAGGGCUGGAACGAGUGCGAGCAGACUGUUGCGCUGCUGUCGCUGCUUAAGCGCGUGAGCCAGACCCAGGCCCGCUUCCUCCAGCUCUGCCUGGAGCACUCGCUGGCCGACUGCGCCGAGCUGCACGUCCUCGAAGGCGAGGCCAACAGCCCCGGAAUCAUUAACCAAUGGCAACAGGAAUCCAAGGAUAAAGUGAUUUCCCUCCUGUUAACUCAUCUGCCUUUGCUGAAGCCAGGAAACCUUGAUGCAAAAGUAGAGUAUAUGAAACUGCUGCCCAAAAUCCUGGCUCACUCUAUUGAACACAACCAGCACAUUGAGGAGAGCAGGCAGCUACUGUCCUAUGCUUUGAUACAUCCGGCCACUUCGCUGGAAGAUCGCAGCGCGUUAGCCAUGUGGCUGAACCACUUGGAGGACCGCACGUCGACCAGCUUUGGCGGCCAGAACCGAAGCCGCUCAGACUCUGUGGAUUAUGGGCAGGCGCACUACUAUCACCAAAGACAGAACUCCGAUGACAAGCUCAAUGGGUGGCAGAACUCUCGGGAUUCUGGGAUUUGCAUCAACGCCUCCAACUGGCAGGACAAAAGCCUGGGGUGUGAGAACGGCCACGUGCCCCUCUACUCCUCCUCAUCUGUCCCCACCACAAUCAAUACAAUUGGAACCAGCACAAGUACAAUUCUCUCAGGCCAGGCACACCACAGCCCUUUGAAACGAUCUGUGUCCCUUACCCCACCCAUGAAUGUGCCAAACCAGCCUCUAGGACAUGGAUGGAUGUCUCAUGAGGACUUACGAGCUAGAGGACCCCAGUGCCUCCCAUCCGAUCAUGCCCCCCUGUCUCCACAAAGCAGUGUAGCCUCUUCAGGAAGUGGUGGGAGUGAACACUUAGAAGAUCAGAACACUGCUCGUAACACAUUCCAAGAAGAAGGUAGUGGUAUGAAAGAUGUUCCGGCCUGGUUAAAAAGCCUCCGCCUGCACAAGUAUGCUGCGCUUUUCUCCCAGAUGACCUACGAGGAAAUGAUGGCCCUCACUGAGUGCCAGCUGGAGGCUCAGAAUGUUACCAAAGGUGCAAGACACAAAAUUGUCAUCAGUAUUCAGAAGCUCAAAGAAAGACAAAACCUCCUGAAGUCUUUGGAAAGGGACAUCAUCGAGGGGGGCAACCUGCGCAUCCCACUCCAGGAACUGCACCAGAUGAUCCUGACUCCUAUCAAGGCCUACAGCUCCCCGAGCACCACCCCCGAGGCUCGCCGCCGGGAGCCCCAGGCUCCGCACCCGCCCUCACUGAUGGGCCCUGAGGGCCAGAGCCCCGACUGCAAAGACAGUGCCUCGGCCGCCGGGGCCACAGCCACCACCUCGGCUGGGGCCAGCGGCGGGCUGCAGCCACACCAGCUGAGUAGCUGUGAUGGGGAGCUGGCCGUCGCCCCCCUGCCGGAGGGGGAUCUCCCCGGGCAGUUCACACGUGUCAUGGGGAAAGUGUGCACACAGCUCUUGGUCUCCAGACCUGAUGAGGAAAAUAUAAGUUCCUAUUUACAGCUCAUAGACAAGUGUCUAAUUCAUGAGGCAUUUACAGAGACUCAGAAAAAAAGAUUGUUGUCAUGGAAACAGCAGGUGCAGAAGCUCUUUCGGUCUUUCCCUCGGAAAACCCUUCUAGACAUAUCAGGAUAUCGACAGCAAAGAAACCGUGGCUUUGGGCAGUCCAACUCCCUCCCGACAGCCGGCUCUGUGGGCGGCGGUAUGGGCCGACGGAACCCACGCCAGUACCAGAUCCCCUCCCGGAACGUCCCUUCCGCCCGCCUGGGGCUCUUGGGCACCAGCGGAUUUGUCAGCUCCACCCAGCGCAACACCACAGCCAACCCCACCAUCAUGAAACAAGGAAGACAGAACCUCUGGUUUGCCAACCCUGGGGGCAGCAACAGCAUGCCAAGCCGCACCCACAGCUCAGUCCAAAGGACCCGCUCGCUGCCCGUGCACACUUCUCCACAGAAUAUGCUGAUGUUCCAGCAGCCAGAAUUCCAGCUUCCUGUGACUGAACCGGACAUCAACAACAGGCUGGAGUCCUUGUGCCUCAGUAUGACCGAGCACGCCCUGGGAGACGGGGUUGACCGGACCUCCACAAUCUAGAAGCUGAAGAUGAGAGUGACCGCGCUGGCCGUGAAAUCGACUGCUGCGGGUCCAGUGUCAGCCAUCUUCAGGGUUGCACAGAAUCCUCGGAGAUACUCUGCAGCCUUUUUUUUCCCCUGGUCCCUCUCCCAUUUUGAUUUUGUGAGAGCGUAGGUCGUCCUUGUAAACGUAUCAGUAGACCGGGGAUUGGUCAUUUUGUCAUUUGUUUCUGUCACGGGAUGGCUUGGUGUGCGGGUGGGGAGGGGUCUCUAGGGAAACGUGGGACUGGGGGCGGUGGAGAGGGAAUGCAAGUGGCUCCUUGGACGGAGAGAGCGGGAGAAACGAACAAAAAGAGUACCGCCUACCGCCGGGAAAGAGCUGGGAGAGUCUGACGCGGGAGGGAGGCCGAGCCCUGGGCCCCGGCGCCCCUCGCAGCCCGCCUCCGCUGUCAGGCCCCAGGACGCCGUCGUGGGCUAGUGCGACCAAAGCAAGAUGGCGGCCCGCCCUCCCUGCCGCCGGGAUCGGCUCUCCCUGUGGACCCGGCUUGGGGUCGAGCCGCAGGAGAGGGCUGCACGGCCCCGGCGGCAGAGGGGGAACGUUCCCUCCAACAAAAUUUCAGAGAAACUUUGAUUUGUGUAUUGUUUACAUAACAAUUUUAAAGGGUACAUAACGUGUAAAGAGUUUGGAUAGCACUUCUCUUCAUACUAUGGUUUUUGUACAGGAUUUGUUGAUACGGAUUCAUUUCUUUCCUCUAUUUUUGUAAUAGCAGCAGGGUUGUCUCUUACAAUGGCUGCCGAGCCGUGCCUGCGGGGAAGGCGGACGCGUCUCGUAGGCCGAGGCGUCGUCCAUCUUGCGGCCGCGCCUGCGCGGCGCGUGCAGGUGGGCGGGCGGGACGAGCGUGUGGCUGGAAGCGCGGGGAAGGGACGAGGAGGACGGCACCGUGUGAUCAGUUAGGGUCUGUUCGCGAGGCACCAAGAGAUUCUAGAAGAAUCCUGCGGCCCUUUCUGGGCUGGAUUUGCUUCUCACCCAGAGACCUCUCUCCCUCCCCACCCUACUGUGGGGUUUCAUCCUAUCGCCCCCUGCCUCGCUUCACACACACACACACACACGUGGGUACAAGUUCCACUGGAGGAAAAAUGGUAAGGACCGACAAAAGGCCUUAACGUCAGGUAAUGAGCUCAAAAAACCGCUUCCACUAGGAUUGUGCGCAGGAACCUGAGCCUGGGGGCUGCACCCCCCUGGCUCGCUCACUGCUGAGGGAGAGGAGGAGAGCAAGACCCAGCACAGCGUAUAACUGGUCAGUGAGCAAGUGGCAGAGGGAGCGUGCGGGGAGACGUGCAGUCCACGUGGCCAGGCGGGCUGUGAAGGCAGAUGUGGGAAAGGGCAGCUGCAGGACGGAAACGUGGUUCUCGGGGAUUUGCUGUGUCGUUGGCCGAUUUAUCUAUCCAGCCACACAGAAGAGAGAGAGAACCAGUCCUGACAUGGAGAUUAACAAAGUGUGCUACCACAAAGUAAUAGCUCUGUUUCUUAAGGGCAAGAAAGACUACGUUUGGGAUUCGAUGCAAUGGAGGAUGUUAAAGGAAAUCAAAGAGGAGUUGUGCUCUGCACUGGAAAAUUGGGUUGUGUAAAGGAUGGUAUGAAUGCUCAGCCAGAGGCGAGAUCAGGGAGACGGUGUAAGGCCUGUUUAUUAAAUGGGUGAGUCUGGUGCCAUUGCUUUUAGCGAAGUCAAAGUCGAAAUUGAAGAGAUCAGACCAUGAAAAUCACUGUGCUUGCUUAUGGUUAUUUAAAAAAAAGUUAAGUAAACACAGAUUUAAAAGGCCUUAAUGAAAUCUAAACAACUUUCUUUUACCUUCGAGAUUAAAAAUGUGCACCCAAUUCAGCCUUGCUUUUGAAGUUUUUUAAGGUUUGAAAAGGUGGGAGCAUCUUAACUGUAGAGAGCUUUUAGUAAGCAGAGGGGGCUUGAACCCACUAUUACCACAUUUUACGUUAAGAAAACAGACCUCCCCUUGGGUGACUACAUUCUAAACAUGCAAAUCCAUGUGCAGAAAGAGGCAGCAUUUUUUAGUUGAUUUUUUUUUUUUUAAACUAAGUGCCAUUAACAUUCAUCCUCCACACCCCUUUUCUAAACAAGCUUAGUGUUAUUUGGGGAAUGUGUUGGGAUGGACGAUCACAUGUAAGGCAGGAAGACUAGAUCAAAAAUUUUGAAGGCCAAAGGUAAGACCAGAGGGUUUGUGAAGGUGUUUUUUGGAUGCUAAGAAAGUUAAUAAAGAAGAAAAAACAAGGGUAUUACACAUCUCGUGGAGAAAUGAGAAAGCAUUCAGAUCUGCUGCAAAACACAUAUAUCCAUAAAGACUUGGGUUGUUCAGAAAACAGAUUGUGAACACAAUCACAUUAGCAUGAAUCCUUUAAAAGGAAGAAGACCUUAAAAUAUUUGCAAAUCUGGAUUUCUAUUUAUUCCUUCACUGAAUAUAGAAACAAUGGUUAUCUGAUUAUUAGAGAUAUUAUUUUGGAUAUGUUACUUAUUAACUUGCUAUGGCUGGUAACCAUGAUAAAGUCUGUUAUUAAUAACAACAUAAUUCUUUUUUUAAAAAAAAAGAAAAGCUUAUUUUUCAUUGACUGUGUAUAGAUUUAUCUACUUAGUUGUGUUUUGCUAUUAGUGUUUUAAUUUUUAAGUUGAGUGUUCUGAUAAAUUUUAGGAGCCUGUCCCCACCUUGUUUUGAGUCCUGUGUUGACUGCAGGUAUACAGCUCAAUUUUAAAAUCCUAAAGCAAAAGAACUUUAUUUAUAAAAGAAUCAAACAGUUGCAUGCAUAAGGCUGUGAAGUCGGAUAUUUAGUAAUAAAGUGGCAGUGCCUUUUUUUGUAUUUACCCAUUGACCCCCCAAAUGCAACUGUUUUAUAUUAAUAGUAAACAUUAAAAAUCUUAGAAUAAAAUCUAUUUCACUACAUGUUUUCCCCCCUUUUUCUGAUUUAAGCAGUACGUAUUUGGCAUCUCUAUACUGUCCUAGGGACAGUGGUGGUCUAUGAUAUUGUUACCAUGUAUGAUGUUUUAUUGGUGCUUUUUAUUCAUAGUGGUUUCUUACCAGAAACAGUAGGAAGACACACAUGAACUGUGUACAAGAAUUGAAACAUUGCUGCUGAUAUGUGUCUUUUACCACACGCUUUUUGAGUUUCACUUUUUAAAACAAGGGCCAGCAAGCAAAAUAGACGCUGCUGGGCCUGCCUGCAGAGGGCGGCUGUUUGCACCAAGCUCUCAAAUCCUGUGUAUUGAUGGUCCCUUUUUGGUACUCAGGAUUGGAACUACAGCUGGGCCCCCAUCCCCCAUUCCUUUGAAGAGACACUGAGGGAAACAAGGUUUUCUUUUGAGGUGUCACUGGCUGCCUUUUACGGAAUGGGAGCCUUCUCCGGGUCUUGUGUUCUUCUGCACCUCUUGUAGCGACUGCUGGUGCAAGGUUGGUAGACAUGCAUUCCCCGGCUAGCACCGGGAUCCCCGCAAAAGCCUGGCUGGGGGAACUGAGCUGGGCUGAGUGCAUAGGCAUGCAACCAGAAGGGCAGCGAGGGGAGGAGAAGCAGGCCUCAGUCUCGUUGGCCCUCUGGAGAUGUCUGCAGCAGGCGGCUCCAGCUUGGGCAGGGAAGCAGCCUGACCAAGGCACUCGGGGGUGUGCCUGUUACAAGAAGGACCUGCGGAAGGAUAAUUUGCACAUGGGGCUGUGAUAACACUAAUGUUGAUUUUUUUUUUUUUACAAGUCAUCAGAGAUGUUGCAAAGUGAGUUUUAUUUUUUCGUAAUUCCUUUAUCUUUACUUAAAGGUGAAUGUGUAUUCCUCUGGGAGGAAUAGGAAGAAAACAGGAAUGUUAAUAAUGUCAAACAGAAGACUUCCUCCCUCAUUAAUAUAUAACCCUCAUGUAUUUAUGCCUAAUGUAAGCUGACUUUUAAAAAGCUUUCUUUUGUUGCAUGCCCCGUGCAGGCAUCCCUAUUGUACAUGCAUGCCUCUCGUCCUGUUUUCCUGUAUAAAGUUAGUGAACAAAGAACUAUUUUUGCCUAGUUCAUGUUGCCAAGCAAUGCAUAUUUUUAAAAUUUGUCAUAUAUGGAAAUAGCAUGUUUGUUACAUGUAAAGCUUUCCUGAUAUACAGAUAUACUAAUGUUUGAAGAUGCUGUUCUUUGCAAGUGUACAGUUUUCAAAUGUUGUUACCAGUGAAACACCCUUGUGGUUUAAACUUGCUACAAUGUAUUUAUUACUCAUUUCCUCCCAUGUAACUAAGAAUCAUGGCUAUAUUUCAUAUCAACGUUAUAUUGAAAGUGAAGGGAAAUGAUUAAUACAAGGUUUUGUAACACU